AUGAUUGACAGAGUACAAAAAGUACUGGAAUGGAUGGCGCCAGAACUUGAAAGCUAUAAGAAACGACGCAUUUUUAGUCAAAAACAAAUCCAAAAGAUAGUUGAGAAUAGAAGAAGGUUUGAAAACAAACUUCAAAGAUCCAGCAAAAAACUACUGGACUUUCUGACGUAUAUUGAUUCAGAAAAAAAUCUUGAAAAGAUUAGAAAUAAGAAAAUAGCAGCCCUUGGAACGGGAUUAGAAGAUACUGACAUGCUCCUACAAGCAAAUAUCAUAAAAAUAUAUGAAAGAGCUCUUCAUUAUUACAGUGAGCCAAUUCUUUUGAAAGAUUUUUCUGAAUAUUGCAUUAGAAGAAAGGCUUUUGAAGAAAUGAAAAGCACUUUUGCAGCGAAAUGCUUGAAAAAUCUCACAAAUACUGAUCUAUGGGUAUAUUGUGCUCAAAAGCUUUGGGAAAUAGAUGAUAUUGAAGGUGCAAGGGGACUGUUCAUAAAAGGCGCGAGUGUAAAUUCGGAUUCAAAGCUUUGUGUUGAGUUUUUUAGACUCGAGUGUCUCUAUGCGAACAAACUUAACAGAAUUAACCAAGAACUUGGAGUCGCCGAUGAGGAUAAGGACGAAAUUGAAAAGGGGAAGAUUGCACUUACUGUUUUUGAAAAUCUGAAAGAAAGAAUGGCUGAGCACGAAAUAAACCAGUGUAUGGAAAUUUCCAGUAUUGUUUCUGGUCUCAACGAACAGCUACAAAAACUUAUUUGA